AUGGCGUUUGGAAGCGAUGUAUCCGUCAAUGCCUCCAAGUUCCAGCCAUGUGCGAUUCCCGCCGCAUCGCAUGAAUUCAACAAGCAGAUAAUGAGCAUGCUAGAUGGCCAUCCGAAAUGGUGGCAGACCGGUGCCGAAGCGUUUAGAGAAAUGAUACGCCGCGGCGAGACUGCAUUUCCUAUACCACCCAAGCUUGAUUGCGGCCAAUCUUUUAUGAUCCCUUCUCGUGAAGCAGGCCGCAAUAUUCCAUGCAGGGUCAUCAAACCGAGCGGGGACUCUACGCCGUCAGGUGUCUUCCUCCACUUUCAUGGAAGCGGAUGGGUCUUAUCAGAUGAAUUGUCACAGCCUCACAUGCGUGCAACAAUUGACAAUGCUUCUCUCAGUCAAGACCCCCUAUUGAAACAUUAUGCGGAUGCCGCCAACCUCGUGUCGAUAUCAAUCGCGUAUCGGCUUGCACCUGAGCAUCCGUUUCCUGCUGCGCCUGAAGAUUGCUAUGAUGCUGCGGAAUGGCUUGUGGACAAUGCCGAAAAGGCGUUUGGUGCGCCCUUGCAGUUCAUCGGAGGAGAGUCUGCGGGAGGCCACCUCUCCGCCCUAGCAGUUCUUCACCUCCUUAGCCACCAGGAUCCAAAAUAUUCAGACUUCAAACUACGUGGCCUACUUGUCCAUUAUGGCGCAUUCGAUCUCUCCUACACUCCCACAAUGUUUACCUAUCAACGGAGCCCAUCACUCGUUCUCGAUCGAGAGACCAUGUCUCAAUUUACCGACGCUUUCGUCCCCGAUCCUACACUUGACCGCAAACACCCUUCCAUCUCCCCAUUAUAUUUCAACUUUCGGUCCCUCACCGAGUCAGGUAAAUCCCUUCCGCCAGCGCUAUUCACUUGCGGGACCGAGGAUAUCCUACUCGACGAUACCGUCUUCAUGACUGUAAAAUGGCAGAUGGCUGGCGGGGAGGCAGUGGCGAGAAUCGUUCCCGGAGCGCCCCAUGGGUUUAUCGGGUUUCCGCCAGCAGUGGUACCUGGAGUCCAGGAUACUCUAGAUCUGGCAGCGAAGUUUUUGAAAGAUAAAACUGGCAGAUUCGCAUGA